UCCUUGGCAACACGUUAUCUGCAGGACCGGCUCCGAAGGAUGACGGAGGGUGACGCCGACCUGUCGAAACUUCGUCUGACAAAGGGAACCAAAGUCUUCACAGACCUGGCGAUGGAAAUACACAAGACAGAGCCGAGGCUUUCUUAGAUUACACAGCAUGGGCUUUACUCCAUGUUUGAGCGCGUUGUGAAGAUGCGCCGCGAGAUGCUGGAGUUACAGGAGAUAUUGACGGGGUUCAAUGUCCCAGAAACGCAUUUCGGGAACCUCGCCUUACAGAUCUCGCGGAAACUCUUCACGGGCAAAGAAUCAGCAACGCCACGGACAACAGCGCAUCAUGCUUCAGGGGAGGCAACACCCGAGACUGGUCCUUCAACAGCAAGCUCCAAUACAACCACAUCAACUCACCCAUCUGCACCAUUUUCUACAGCUGGAUCACUAUCAAGCGCCAGUCCACAGUCCAGCACUCAUGUGUCCAGCAGCAGCAGUCCGUUGGAAGUUAAUAUCCAAUCAGGCUCGACUUCUUCUGGUGCGGCCCUGCCAAGUGGAUCUAACAACGGAGCGACGUUUUUGGUUGCGAGAGCUGAUCUAAAACUAAUUGGCUUCCCUAACUUCAGCUCAGCAACGGACUUGGAGAGCUCCCCUUUCGACUCACCACGACAACCAGUAAACAAACGAUCAACAUACAUGCCUCAAAAGGUAACCAAGGUUGUCAAGAAUCUGGUUAACAAACACGAUGCUGCUACAGAAGGUAUGCAUGCUGCUGUUAGGGAUUCGCAGGCCCUAGUAACUGAAGCCAAGAAGGAGAUUGGUGAUAUGAAGGGUAACCUUGGCAGGCUCGAGGCGAUUGUUCCAGCACAGGCACAACAGCUUUCAGCGCAGGCCCACCAGAUUGCAGCACAAAGCGAGCAUAACAAACAACUACUCGCGCAUAUCGACAGGCAGCAACGGUUCAUGCUUUAUCUUGAACAAAAAACGAACGAGAUAGCCAGAACUGUUUACUGCCUCGAAAAACCUGACAACGUCCAGAUGCCCAGCACAGUCAAGUCGCAGCCUCACAAAUACAGGUGGCAAUGA